CGCCCAGGCCGGCGUGUGGAGGGAAGCGAGCGCCUGGCGGGGUUCGGGCCUGGGUCAUGGCUCACAGGCCGAAAAGGACUUUCCGGCAGCGCCGAACUGACUCUAGUGACAGCGACGGUUCCCAAGAGUCACCUGCUGAAGCCGGUGCCCCCGCGGAGCAGGCGGCCUCAGGCCGUGCGGAAGCGGGGUCUCCCUUCGCGGGGCGCCGCGAGGCGGUGACUGAACGCCCGCUGAGGGCCCGGGGCCCUCGGGGCCGGGGCCGGGUCUGGGCCAGUUCCCGGCGCUGUAAGGAAGCGGCUCCCCACGAGGACGGUGGCUCUGGCGGCCCAGAAUCCAGAAUGGUCGAUCUUUCAACAGAUGAAGAGGAUGGAGCUCAUCAUUCCUCAGAAAAUAAGGAUGAUCAGAGUUCAUCUUCUGAUAGUUCUCUCUCUCAGGAAGAAGAAUUUACAUCAAUAGUAAAUAUCCCUGAUGCAGCUUUUAUUCAGUCAGCCCGUAGAAAACGUGAAUUGGCCAGGGCACAAAAUGACUACAUUUCUUUAGAGGUACAACAUAUAUCUACCGUCUCUGGGAUGAAGAAAGACAGUGAUGAAGAUCCUGAGAGUGAGCCUGAUGACCACGAAAAGAGAAUACCAUUUACCCCAAAACCUCAAACACUUAGACAAAGAAUGGCUGAAGAAACAACAACCAGAAAUAAAGAAACAAGCGAAGAAAGCCAAGAUGAAAAUCAAGAUAUUUGGGAACAGCAGCAAAUGAGAAAAGCAGUUAAAAUCACAGAGGGACGAGACAUAGAUCUUUCCUGUAGCAAUGACUCUCAAAGAAGGAAGAAGUUUGAUACUUCCAUUUCAUUUCCACCAGUAAAUUUAGAAAUUAUAAAGAAGGAAUUAAAUACAAGAUUAACAUUACUACAGGAUACUCACCGCUCACACCUGCGGGAAUAUGAAAAAUACACAGAAGAUGUCAAGAGCUUAAAGAGUACAAUCCAGAACCUUGAGGAUUUGUCAAAUCAAGCUCUAAAUUUUAAAUUCUAUAAAAGCAUGAAAGUUUAUGUGGAAAAUUUAAUUGACUGUCUAAAUGAAAAGAUUAUCAACAUCCAAGAAAUAGAAUCAUCCAUGCAGUUACUCCUUUUAAAACAAGCUACGACAUUUAUGAAACGCAGACAAGAUGAAUUAAAACAUGAAUCAACGUAUUUACAACAAUUAUCACGCAAAGCUGAGACAUCAACAAAUGGAAGCUUGGCUAUAAAUGAAGAAACUCAAUCGAUUUUAGAAGAGGUUGAAUCUCGAAGAGCACAAAGAAGACAGGCAAGAACACUUUCUGGAAAUUGUAAUCAUCAAGAAGGGAUGUCUAGUGAUGAUGAACUAUCUUCAGCAGACAUGAUUGACUUUCAAAAAAGUCAAGGUGAUAUCUUACAGAAUCACAAGAAGAUUUUUGAAGAUGUGCAUGAUGAUUUUUGUAACAUCCAGAAUAUGUUGUUGAAAUUUCAGCAAUGGCGAGAAAAGUUUCCUGAUUCUUAUUAUGAAGCUUUCAUUAGUUUGUGUAUACCAAAGCUUUUAAAUCCCCUAAUACGAGUUCAGUUGAUUGAUUGGAAUCCUCUUAAGGCUAAUUCCAUAGGUUUAAAACAGAUGCCAUGGUUCACAUCUAUAGAAGAAUUUAUGGAGAACAGUAUGGAAAAUUCAAAGAAGGAAGAUAAUUCUGAUAAGAAAAUCUUAUCCGUUGUCAUCAGCAAAACAGUUAUUCCUCGAUUUACAGACUUUGUGGAAUUCAUUUGGGAUCCGUUGUCGACCUCACAGACAGCAAGUUUAAUAAUGCACUGUAGAAUGAUUCUUGAAGAUUCCACUUAUGAAAAUGAAGUCAAUAAAAGCAAACAGGAUUUACUUAAAUCCAUCAUAUCAAGAAUGAAGAAGGCAAUAGAAGAUGAUGUUUUUAUUCCUUUGUAUCCAAAGAGUACUAUAGAAGAUAAAACAUCAUCACACUCAAAGUUCCAAGAAAGACAGUUCUGGUCAGGUCUAAAGCUCUUCCACAAUAUUCUUCUUUGGAAUGGACUCCUCCCAGAUGACACCUUGCAGGAACUAGGGCUAGAGAGGCUGCUAAAUCGUUACCUUAUUAUAGCUCUUCGUAAUGCCAUACCUGGACCAGAUGUUGUUAAAAAGUGCAACCAGGUAGCAGCAUAUUUACCAGAAAAAUGGUUUGAAAAUUCUUCCAUGAAAACAUCUAUUCCCCAGCUAGAAAAUUUCAUCCAGUUUUUAUUGCAGUCUGCACAUAAAUUAUCUAAAAGUGAAUUCAGGGAUGAAGUCAAGGAAAUAAUUCUUAUUCUGGUUAAAAUAAAAGCUCUGAAUCAAGCAGAAUCCUUCAUUGAAGAAUAUCACCUAGACCAUCUUAAGUCAGUAUUCGUGGGCAUUUGAAUAAACUAUAGGAAGAAAUUGUAAAAUGAGAUAUUUCAUACCUUGCUUAGGGCAAAUAAAAAAAAUUGCCCUUCCACUCUACUAUCUGAUUCUACGGUGUUGUAAGAAUUAAGCAUACAGAUACAGUAGGAGCUUUAUGUAUUUCCUGUUUGAUUCUUUGGACUUCCACUUUUUAAGUCAUGGAAAAAUCUUAUUGCUCUUUGGGUUUACGUAGGUCUUCAAUCCUGAACCAAAAAUGCAUCUUUUCCAAGUAAGUUAAUUUAUUCCAAUGAAGAUUUCUAUUUUAAGUCUUUUGAUAAUUAUGAAAUUGUCCUUGAUAAAUCUAUACCAGUGCUUUGUACCAACACCCAAGUGUGAGAGGUCCAUGAAACCACCAAAUGAGAUAUUUUUGCAUUUUGUACAAAUUUUAUAUUUUUGAUAUUUGUGAGGUAGUUACUAUUGUAACAGAUUUUGUCAUUGGUUAGUAGUCAGAAAGUAGGAUUUUAAAUAUUUGGAUGUGAUUUAUUUUGUGAUAAAAAUUUUCAAGGUGAGAGUUAUUUUUCUGGUAUAUUUAUAUUCAGUGUUGGCACAAUGUAUGAGAUAGAAUUUAGAGUAUGACCAAAGUAUUGUGUCACUGGUAGUUUUAAUCUUUUUUUCCUUAUGUCGUUAUAUUUCCCUUGUGUUCUCCUCCCCUCUUUUCCUGUAUGUGUCAGAUAUAUGGUCAGCUCGCUAGUUUUAACUUUUACAUGACCUGUUGAUUUCUCUGUCGUUUUAAAUAUGUAGGAAUAGUGUGUUAUAUCGAUGAAAAAUACUUUCACAGCAAAAAGCUUGUAAUAUGACAUCUAAAGCACAAGUAACAAAGAAAAAGUUGACUAUGUUAACUAAACCGUGUCCAUUUAUAAAUAGUUUGUGUUGGACUCAUUUAUUCUUAUUGUUGGUAGAGAUGUUAUGGAAUACAGAGAGAGGAGUUUCCUUGCCUCCCUAAAAGAGAAACACGGUUAUCAUCUUUUACUCAUCUGUGAAAAAACACACACAUAAAAAUCUUUAAGUGAAUAAAACUGUUACGAGAGAGAACAAGUGAUAGAGAAGGGAGGCAGAGGUACUUUGGUGGAGGGUACUUAUGCAAGAAAGAGCAAUAAUUUAACCAAUGUAGUUUUGUUGUUUUUUUAACUCUACAAAAAUGAGACAGGCUGUUCAUGAUUUGGAAGACUCCAAUUUUGGUUAAGGUAUAUUCUCUCUAAAACUAUCUAUAGUUAAUGCAAUUCCUACUGAAAUGCCCUCAGACUUUUGUUUUUCCAAGAGAUUGGUUGAUUAAAAUAUGAGGUUACAAUUUACAUGGAAGUGCAGAGACCUGCAACUAGCCAAAACCAUUUGUAAGGAAGAACUGCUCUAUCAUAAUCAGGACUAUUAAGCUACAGUACUCAAUAUAUUAAAAUGCAUUAAUAUAUUUGCAAUAGUAUCAAAAAUCCAGAAAUAACACUACGCAUAUAUAAUUUUUGACCAACUUCUCAUGUUCAUUCAGUGAGAAAAGGGCAAUCUAGUUCUCAGAGUAACAAUUAGAUGCUAUAGGAAAUAAAAUGACUUUAGCCCUUAUUUUCCACACACACUGAAAAUAAAAAGGAUUAUAGAUUUAAAUUAGGAAAAUUAGAGGCACUUACUCAGUCACAGGCAGGCAGGAGAGCUGCCAACAUAAAACUUUUAAAUGCAACAAAAACUUUUAGAAAAAAAUCACCUUGGUAAAAGAGGGCUAGGACACAAAAAGCAUUAACCAGAGAAAAAGGUUAAAUUUUUAUCAAAAUUCCAUAUGUGAAAGUAUUCAGUAUCGUAGGUCCCUCUGGGAAGUACAAAUUAAAACCACAAUGAUCUACCACCUCAGUGUCACUACAAUCACUGGAAUAGACUAACAUCAACCAACGCUGCUGUGACUGUGAAGCUACAGGAAAACUCAAAUUGUUUUAUAAAACAAUCACUUUGAAAAAAUUUUCAUCAGUUUCUUAUUAAACAUUCGCUUAUCAAAUAACAACCAACAAUUUCACUCCUAGAAAAAUCCAAGAAAAUAAAAAUAUUUUCACAGAAAAAAGCUUGUAAUAUGACAUCUAAAGCACAAGCAGCAAAGACGAAGUAGACUAUGUGAAACUAAAAAGCUGCACAGCAAGAAAAAAGCCCAUAGAUGGGAAAAAAAUAUUUACAAACCAUAUAUCUGAUAAUAGGGUUAAUAUCUAAAAUAUAAAAAGAACUCUUACAACUUAAUGGCAAAAAACUCCAAUUAAAAGGUAGGCAACGGGGGUGAAAAAUUACAGGACCAUCCCAGUGCUGUGGAGGAAGCAAUCCUGGGUAAUGCUUUUCUUCUCAGGGUAGCCCCUGGCAGUACUGCCAGCUCUCAGCACUCCACAAAGGGUUCCCUUUUUACCUCCAUACACACACACGCACAUACCACACGGUGUUCAGAAUGGGAUACAGUGCCAACCAAGUUUAUGUCACAUACCAUUUUUGUGUGCACUGUGUCCACAAACAUCUAGUUCCUAAGGGUGCAACCUACAGCAAACCUGUCCGGCAUGGUGUUACCCAGUUGAAGCUUGCUUAAACCCUUCAGUCAGUCAUGGGGCUUCGAAAGUCCUGAAUUCUUACUGGGUUGGUGAGGUUACAUGUACCAAUUCUUUGGGAUUAUCCUCACUGAUAAGCUCUCCAAAGCUAUCAGAAGAAAUCUUGACACCCAGUGGACCACCAAACCAGUCCAAAAUCGCCACAGGGCAAUGCAAGGGCUGACAUCUACAGGGCACAAGAAUCAUGCCCUUAGGAAGAGCUACAAAUUUCAUCACACUAUUGGCUCUCACAGGGCAGCAUGGAGAAAGCAUUUUCCAUCUGCAUCUCCAUCAUUACUGCUAAUGAGUAAUGUCUGUAAACUUAACAAACCAAUACUUUUGGGCAUUGUACUAAAAGACCUAAAUAGACAUUUUUCUAAAGAAUGUAUUUGAUUGAAAAGUCAACAGAUACAUGACAAGGUGCUAAACAUAACUAGUCAUUGGGGAAAUGCAAAAUAUUGAUACAACAAAAAAAAUGUCUGCAUACCUUUAGAAUGGCCAUCAAAAAAAAAAAAAAAACAAGAACCCAAAAGCAAACACUGUAAACCAACACUACUGCAAUUAAAGAUAUAACAAAUGCAAGUGAUGAGGAAAUCUUGUGCACUCUUGGUUGGAUUAUAAAAUGGUACAGCUACUGUUGAAAACUGUAAGGAGAACCCACAAAAAAUUAAAACUACCAUAUGACUGUAUAUCCUAACAAUUCCACUUUGAUCUCAAAAACUAUCUGCACUCCAUGGUCACAACAUUACUUAAAACAGCCAAAUCAUAAGGACCUAACAAUCCAUCCUCAAUAGAUGAAGAAGUAAUCCUGCUGUCUACAACAACAUAACGGUACUGUGAAAGCAUUAUGUGAAGUGAAUCAAGACAGAAAAACAAAUGCUGUGUGUGAACUUGCUUCUAUGUUGACUAUAAGAAAAAAGUACAGACUUAUGGGUAACAGGCAAAUGAUAGGAAGGGCAGUUAGAGGAUAAUCAAGAGAAACAAACAGAAGUACUAGGGAUGUGAUGUACAUGACUAGAGUUGACAAUGCUGUGUGAUACACAGGAAAGUUGUUAAGAGUAAAUCCUAAGACUUAUCACAAGAAACAGUUUUUUGUAUUUUUUUCUUUUCAUUAGAUCAUAUAAGAUGGGUGUUAGCUGAACCUAUUGUAAACAUUUCACAGUAUAUGUAAAUCAGACAACAUGCUGCGCGUCUGAAACUUAUAAUUGUAGCAGAUUCUUAAUAAAACUGGAAAAAUUUUACAACAAAAACCUUGUACAAAGGUGUUGCUAGGAGCCUUACUAAUAAUAGCCUAAAAAGAGAAUGGAUAAACUUGUAUAAAUACAUGUAUUUACACAAUGGAAGACUACUUAGUAUUAGAAAUGAACUAAUGCAUACAAUAAUUAAAUCUCAAAAAUAUUAAAUGAAAGAUGUUGGAAGAACACACAUCCUAUUUGAUUCAAUGUUUAUUGACUAUAAGAAUGGACAUAGGAAAUGACAAAGGAAACUACCAAUGAAAAUGCUCUA